CUACAUAUUGUUGAUUGUUGAAAAUGGAAGCUUGCAUGAAUGUCGAGAGAGAAGCUGAUAAAGUUAUUGGGAAAUUUCACGGUGUUUUGAAUCAUGCUGAGAGAACAUUAGAUGAAUUAAUAGAAAACCUUGCAUCUGUGCAAGAAGAAUUGUCAAAGUCUCCCCAUGAUGACCAAUUCAAUCUGUUUCAUAAUCACCUGCUGUCAUCCAGUAUAAAGCGUGUAAGAGAGAUAACAUCCAGACUUAGUAAUGAACAUAAAGAUAUUCAUAGUAGUGUCUCCAAAGUAGGAAAAUCAAUAGACAAAAAUUUUGUAAGUGAAUUGAUAGACCUGAACCAAGACCCAACGUAUGGCAAUGAAGACCGCAUGAAACUCCUCAAUACAGUCAUCUUUGAACACUUUCUAAGGCAGGGUAUGCUAGACAUUGCAGAAAAUCUAUCUCAGGAAUCCAAUCUUGAUGUGUCAGACUCUGCUAAAGAACCAUUUGUAGAAAUCAACAGAAUCCUUGCUGCACUGCAGGAGAAGAAUCUGCAACCAGCAUUACAAUGGGCAGCAAAUCACAGGGAGCAACUCAGGUCACAGAACAGUUCACUGGAAUUCAAGUUACACAGGUUACACUUCAUAGAGCUCAUACGGCAAGGUCCAGAGAAGCAGAUUGAAGCUCUCCUUUAUGCACGUCAUUUCUCACAGUUUGCAGGAGCCCAUGAAAAAGAAUUGCAGGUCUUGAUGGGUAGUUUCCUGUACAUCCGUCAAGGCUUGGAAGCCUCACCUUACGCACGUCUCUUAGAUCCUGUUAACUGGUUGGAAAUAUGUGACGUCUUUACCCAGGAUGCCUGCUCCCUCUUGGGCUUGUCUAUUGAAAGUCCUCUUACAGUGGGUGUUUCAGCAGGUACCAUAGCACUGCCAGCUCUUCAGAAGAUCAAACAGGUUAUGCAACAGAGACAGUGCCAUGUCAUGUGGACUGCUAAGGAUGAACUGCCAAUUGAAGUUGAGCUUGAGCCAAGACAACGCUACCACUCUAUAUUUGCUUGCCCCAUCCUGAGACAACAAGCCUCAGAAAACAACCCUCCAAUGCGUUUAGCAUGUGGUCAUGCAAUCUCAAGAGAUUCACUCAAUAAACUCAUCAAUGGAAACAAGAUCAAAUGCCCUUAUUGUCCAGUAGAAUCUUCACCAAAUGAUGCCAAACAGCUUCAUUUGUAACUGACGCAAUAUAUCAAGAUAAGACUGUAAGGAAUCUACUCUACCAACUGGGCGUUGUGGCGGUUGCCUUUAAUCCAAGCUACGUGGGGAAGUUACAAAUUGAUGCAGAGGUUCGAGUUUCUAACCCUGGUCACGUCUUUCGGAUGGUGACGUUAAAGGUCGAUCCCAGACGUAAAUAAUCAUUUCUGAUUGAUACACGUCCGACAAAAUUCAAAUUCACACACAAGACUACUACAUUGGUUGGAUCAUGCAUAUGGGAUGCUUUUGUAGUUAGUCAGGUUAUAUCCCAAAUGAACAUAUUACCACAAGUCAUUUUUAAGGGUUAAAGAUGAUGUGCCCUGUUGGAAAUACGAGUUGCACUCCAAUGCAAGUAAGAGAAACCAUAACAACUGAUUUCAACCGGUCAAAGGUAGGGAUAGCGCUACAAGUGCACUGGGGUGACCCCCUAUGAUUGUUUUAAGUAGUGGAGGAAAAAUCUGAGAUAACAGUAUGAUAAAGAGGAAUCUUGGUCAUAUAAAUAUACAGUGCAUCCCUGUGAAAAAGACACUGGGAAUUAUCAGUGAUUUAUCAUAACUUAAUCGCAUC